AAACCCCAUAUCAUAAUUUAAGCAUCUACACUGAAACAAACACUCUAAGACAAAAAGCGGGCCCCACGAAAAUCCAUCGCCUAUGGCCCACCUUAUCUUAUCUCUAACUAACCAAUGUCAUCGUCACCACGAACUGCACUGCUCGCUUCCCGCCGCGCAACCGCCAUUUCCUCUUCUCCGGUGACCUCAUCGGCCGGAGACACCAUUGUACCUUAUUAUUAACUUUAAAUCCUUUAAUUAAAAAUGGCCUUUUCAGCUUCUAUAUUCUCUCACAUUCCGUUCCACUUUAACCUAGUGUACUCUCUCCAAAACGCACCAAACCAAUCGAAAUGAUGCUAAUACCACCGGCCGCCAUCCCCCCUCUCUCCACCGCCACUACCACCUCCGUCCCUGACUUUUCCACUCUUGCCGUUAUAAGGGGUGGCUCCAUUGCCGCACUGGCCGCCUUGCUUUCCCUCGCGGAUCCAGUGCGCCGGUGCCGACUACAGGCGGAGGAAGUCGGUGGCGGAGAUAAAGAAGUAGUGAGAGAGUACUUCAACAAUUCGGGUUUCCAAAGAUGGAAGAAAAUUUACGGUGAGAAUGAUGAUGUGAACAUAGUUCAGCGUGAUAUUCGGCUGGGUGACGGGAAAACCGCUGAAAAUGUGAUGACGAUGUUGACAGAAGGAGGGUCUUUAAGAGGAGUCACAGUUUGUGAUGCCAGGUGUGGGACUGUGAGUCUGUCUAUUCCGUAAGCGCCUUACUCUAAGCUUUGCACCAAAGACAUUUUACUGUGAUUUGUUAAAGAGGGUGGGAGAGUUGUGUCCCGGGCCUUCAAAGCAACAAGAGCAUAUCUCCACGCAGAGGCAGAUGUGGAGAGAGCGCUACAAAAGUUUGGGUGGAAAAUAAGUAAGAGAGGCUUAAUUACAGCACAGUUCUACUUUGCGAGGCUCUUUGAGGCUAUCCCUGCAUAGAGGGAAGAAAGGUUAGAUCCGGAUUUUUCCUUAUUCCUCUUUUUCUUUUGCUAUUAAUUGUUAGGAAAGUGGUGCAGGUUUUUUGUAAAGCCCCAAAUUUUGUUGUAGCUCAUCAUUGUGUACACAUAUUAUGCAUCUGUCAUCUAUAUUAGAUAUCCCUGUUAGGACCUAAUUUUGAGCCACUUGGAAGAUUUGGCACAAUUUUUAUCCGAAAUUUCAGUGUGAUCAACUUGUUACCUUACAAGUUUUCAUUGGCAAUACAAAUCUUUUAAGAGCA